AAUCAGUUGCAGUCGCGAAUUAGCGUCGCACAGACGCUCUGUCUCGCAUAAAUUUAAAUCCAACCGCUCCUCUCUGCCAACUCUGUCUCGCUCUCUCCCGGAAGUCCGAUAGCUACGAUAGCUCCGAUAAUUCCGAUAGUUGUGGGUGGUGAAACGGUGUAAGGUGUAAGGCUAACGCUUCAAAAUGGUCCAUUUGAACGAGAAGAACGAGGAUCAGCUGAUGGCCAAACGGAUUUCGGAGCUGCAGGAGUGGCUCAAAUCGCAGCCGCAAUUACCGCAGAAUAUAUCCCGUCUGCUUCUGCGCCGCUUUCUGCACACGACGCGCGGGGAUCCAUCCGCCGCCCAGCGCCUCUUGGAACUCAAUUAUGGACUGCGCAACAAACAUGCCCACAUCUUCAUCGAUCGCGAUCCCCUGGACGACAGCUCUCAGCAGCUUCUGCAAGUCGCAGAUCUGGUGCCGUUGCCCGGCUUGACCCCGGAGAACAACAAGCUGCUCUUCUACCGCCUGAUCGACUUUGAUGCGGAUAAGUUCAACUUUACGGCUGCCAUCAAGGUCUUCUUCAUGGUGGCCGACUGCCGUUUUGCGACGGAGGACGAGGAGCGAUUGUCGGAUGGGGAGAUACCCGUUUUCGACAUGGCCGGCUAUACGCUGCGCCACCUGACCAAAACCGCGCUGGGCGCCCUGCGCGUCUACAUGAAGUUCGUCCAGGAGGCGCAUCCCGUGCGGCUCAAGGAGAUCCACGUGCUCAACUGCCCCUCGUUCGUGGACAAGGUGAUGGCCGUGGUCAAGCCGUUCAUCAAGGGCGAGGUCUUCAAGCUGAUUCACUUCCAUUUGCCGGGCGCGGAGACCCCGUAUCGCCAUUUCCCGCGCUCCAUGUUGCCGGAGGAGUACGGCGGGGAGGCAGGCAAAAUGUCCGACCUGAAGCUCCAGUGGAUGCAGUUGCUCAAGGAGCAGAGGGACUACCUAAUGGACUCGGAAAACUGGCAGAUAAACAAGGCCAAAAAGAACGGUCAGCGAAAGUCCAGUGAUGCCGGAGUUACUAAAAGUCUACGCACCCUCGAAAUCGAUUAGUCGUCGUGCGCACAACUGUACCUUAAUCAUUGGGCCUUUGCCUAUUUUAGCUGUCACAUUCUUCAGGAUUUUGCCAACGUGAAUUGAGUUUAAAUUGAUUUUUAGCCGUUUCCCAACUGAAUAUUUAUUGCAAAUUAUUUAAACCUAAAUUUUACUAACUUUGCUUUCGGAUUAAAAGAUUUAGAAUCUAGAAUCCAGUUAGAGUUUUAUAAUCCCAAAAUGGAACAGUUAUCAGGAAUGACUGGCAAAAUUCAAUUAGACUGGAGGCACUUUCGCCGAAUCCUGUUGAAUGUGAAAAUCGAAUUAGGCCCGAACAUCUAUUGUACUUUUUUUGUUUUGUUCUCGUUCCAUUUCCCAGCUGGGCUUGGGUCUAUGUAAAUAUAUGCUUAAAGUGAAGGUUCUCCAUAUUCCGCACUCCACAUUCCACACUCCAUAUAUGCAUAUUCAAUUUCACAUAAUUCCCCACCAGCGACCGCAUCUUGGGUAAUUGAAUGCUCUAUUGUGGGGAACGAACGGCCGGGGAAAUGGAGACGGGAUGGGUGUAUAUGGGGUAUACAUAUAUGGCAUUAUGACGCGCACAGAAUUUCCAUAUUUAAUGCAACAGCAUAAUUCCAAUCCCUGCCGCUGCAUUCGAUGCCUGCGACUGAUGCAAUUAACUCGCCACAAAAAGGGACGGAAGGCGAAGGGGUAAAUCUGGAUGGUGUACACUGGGAAAAAACAUUGAGUUUCCCUGGAGCAUUAUAUCUUUCUAAUUCACCAAUUUUUAGUAAUAGAUGGGCUUGUGAUUUUGAAUACUCUGCAAUGUUAUUUUUGAAUUAUAUAAUAAAGUAUGGAGUACCACACUUUGAUUUAUAAGGA